AUGUCUAAAAUAGCUGAAGUAGAAGAUAAGUUAGAUAAGUUAGCUUUAAAAGUUAGUAAACUUAAAGAUGUCAAAAAAAAUAUAAUUAAGGAUAGUGAUCUAAGUAAAUAUUUUAUAGGAUUGGCCAAUUAA